AAAACCUCUCUUGGAAAACAGAAAGAGCAAUCUACUUAAGUUUCAGCCUUACCUUUCUUCCCCUUGCAAACAAAAGGAAAGGGAAUAAAAAUGGAGGGAAGGGGGGUGGGGUCUGUCUUGAUGGUUUACUUGGUGUUGGGGCUCCUGGUAGGGCAGUCCACCGCUUCUUUCCAAACCUGCUAUAUGGGUUGCUUCAUUUUGUGUGUUAUUACACCGAAUAAUACGGUUUUCUCUUGCUCUGUCAAGUGCCUUAAGGACUGUAUUAUUCCAAGCUCUUCUUUUCCAAGUGGCAAAGAUACUCAAUACUUCUGCAAGCUUGGUUGUGCUACCUCCUUGUGCACCGAUCUCAGCUCCAAAGAAAAUCCAGGUGAAGAAAAGGUUGGAAGCUGUGUGGAUUCUUGCUCUGAGACAUGCGCCAUGAAGAAGUAAUUAGCUACCACAUACUCGGAGAUAGUGCUCAAUUUACUAUAUUGUUAAUUACCCAAAUGUUAAAUUUGAAUGAAUAAACUCUGAUCAAUGUUGGGGUCAA